AUGAAGGUCACCUUUGAUAAACCCUUCUCUCACAGCCGUAGCCUCUCUGUGCCGGCCCCUGCUACGCCUCCACCAGAAGGGCUAGGUCUUGACUUUCCCGGCUUUGAUUCCUUCAAGUCCAACCUCGAACUUCCCUUAACACCUGUCACACCUCCCCCGGAGUACAAGGAACACUCCUUUUCACAUGACGACGAGGUCAUCGACAUUUCCCCCAUAGUUGACCCCAACAAUCAGCCUCUGGUUGCCGUUAUCGGUGUCGGCUACGUCGGCACUCAUCUGGUCGACUCCUUCUCUGCGCACUACAACGUUCUCGGCUUCGAUGUAUCCGAGAAGAGAAUCAAUGAGAUUCGCAAGGAGCUCCCCAGCGAGCGCAUCCGUUUCACAACUUGCAAGACAGACUUGCACGAAGCGACCCACUUCCUGAUCUCUGUGCCAACCUUGCUCAAGGCAGACAAGAGCAUCGAUACUUCGUACCUCCAGAGUGCCAUUGCUACUGUGGCUCAACAUGCCAGGCCAGGCUCCACCGUUGUCAUUGAGAGCUCUGUGGCCGUCGGCAUGACCCGCAGCCUGCUCGGCCCCGUCGCCGUCUCUCACGGCUUCUACGCUGGUAUGUCUCCGGAGCGCGUAGACCCAGGCCGCGUCGAGCCGCCCUGCCAUGCGAUUCCCAAGAUCGUGUCGGGCCUCGACGACUGCAUCCCUGGCUCUCUCGCCUCAAUCAUCCGUCUCUACAACCAGGUCUUCGACCGUCUCGUCCCCGUCAGCCGCACAGAGGUCGCUGAGAUGAUGAAGCUGUACGAGAAUUGCCAGCGGAUGAUGUGCAUCGCCUUUGCCAACGAGAUGGCAGACGCUUGCAUUCCCCACGGCAUCGACCCCUACGAAGUUGCCGCCGCGGCGUCCUCCAAGCCCUUUGGUUACAUGCCUUUCACCCCUCGUUGGGUCGCCUUCCCCUUGCUGGAGGCUGCCGCCGAGAAGAUGGCUGCUCGCCCCGCUGCGAUCGCACGCCGUGCCAUUGCCUCUCUGACAACAGGCGCCAAGUCUGGCGCUGCGUCGGCCCUGGUUCGCCCUCGUGUGCUCGUGGUUGGGGUUGGCUUCAAAGCCGGACAGUCUGUCCUCAGUAACUCUCCGGGAGUCGACCUUGUACAAGCCUUUGUCCGCUCCGGCGAGGUCGAUGUCAUGUUCGCGGACCCGCUUGUGAAGCAGAAUGCCGUGCCAUCUGCGCCUCGAUUGGCCGACGAGAAGUGGAACCGCGAGACCCUCGAGACCUUUGACAUGAUAAUUGUCUCCUUCCGGCAGCACGGGUUGGACUUUGGUGUAUUGGAGGGACUCCGUGGCGUCAAGGUGGAGAUGUGGUGCAACUAA